AUGGCCCAUGCCUUGCUUCUUGUGCUAGCAGUGGCUCUAGCCACUGUCAGCUCAGCCCAUGUUGCAGCCGCUCAGCUCAGCCCAGCCACCCCUCCUCUCUCAAAUGCAGCCACAGAAUACCUCAAGGCUCACAACCAGGCCAGAGCUGCAGUGGGCGUUGAGCCUCUCAAGUGGAGUGAGUCUCUGGCCAAUGCCACAAGCAGACUUGUGAGGUACCAAAGAGACAACAAAGCCUGCAACUUUGCUAACCUCACCAGUGGCAGCAAGUAUGGAGGCAAUCAGCUGUGGGCAAGUGGCCAGUCAGUUACACCAACCAUGGUUGUGGACACUUGGCUCAAGGAGAAGGACUUCUACAACCACACUGGCAACUCUUGUGUUCCAAAUCAUAGUUGUGGUGUGUAUACCCAGGUAGUGUGGAGGAAGUCUGUGGAGUUGGGCUGUGCACAGGCCACCUGUGUGAAGGAUCAGAGCAGUUUGAGCAUUUGUUUUUAUAACCCUCCUGGGAAUGUUAUUGGGGAAAGCCCCUACUAG